CAGUAGACGUUUGAGAAGGCGGGCCACAAGCAAGACAGAGAAGAAUCAAAGAGAGUCGGAUACAAAGCCUUGGUACGCUUUGAUUCAAACCCUCGUACGCACCCCUAGUGUUUGUGACGUUUGGAUUUUUCGGUGUUUUGCUGAGUAUACAAAAGACAAACCAAAACCCGUCAUACAAUUUGUUUCCUUGUUGGAUCAACAGUCUUUGGAAGCAAACAUGACCACCGAAUCGGAGCCGACAACUCCGCGUAUUGCUGUUGAGGAUGUUGACGACGUUACCGGAAUAUUUUUGGAUAGGUUUGAAGUGAAGAGACAUUUGGGGGAGGGGAGUUAUGGUAAAGUCAAGCUGGCACAAGAUCUGUCAACUCAUAGGAUGGUUGCACUCAAGAUCAUUCAAAAAUCCUCCCUCAAAAAAACCUCGCACGUCACCCGCCUUAAACGUGAAGUCCGAAUCAUGCGUCUCUUGCAUCACCCCAAUAUUACCAGACUCUACGACGUCAUGGAGACCGAGAAGGAGAUUGUCUUGUCAAUGGAAUACGUGGAAGGAGGCGAACUAUUCGAUUAUAUCGUUGCCCACAAGAGGCUCAAGGAAAAGAUUGCGAGAAGGUUAUUUCGGCAGAUUGUGAGCGCUUUAGAGUAUUGUCACCAAAGUUCCAUUAUUCAUCGCGAUUUAAAGCCAGAAAAUCUCUUACUGGACAAUGAGCGCAAUAUCAAGAUCAUUGAUUUUGGUUUCGUCAAACUCUACGAUCGAAACGACCAGCUCAACACCUUUUGUGGAUCCCCCUUUUAUGCUUCUCCAGAAAUGAUUAUGGGCAAGCAAUACAUGGGCCCGGAAGUGGAUGUCUGGAGUAUGGGAGUUAUCCUCUUUGCAUUGCUCAACGGUCACCUACCGUUUCGGGAUCCCAAUACAACUGAACUGUACAAAAAGAUUGCGGCGGGGCAAUACGAGACGAGGACGCAAUAUAUGAGUGCUGAGAGUGCGGAUCUCAUUAGACGCAUGUUGACCGUGGAUGCGACGAAACGGGCAACCAUUCAAGAAAUCCGUCAUCAUCCCUGGGUCACGCAAGAUAGCAUGGGACCAGCACAAUGUCUCGUUCCAGAGCGUCCCAACCAAAUCCUUGAACCAGACCCAAACAUUAUCGCAAAGUUUCCCAUGUACGGAAUUGAAACCAAUGUUGCGGAAAAGGCGCUGCGGUCCAAGGAACGCGGGGCAGCCUGGGCACUCUACUGCUUGCUCGUUGAACAAGAGGUGUGGGAAGCACGAGAGUCCCCCGCAGGGUCCAGAAGUCGAGUUUCGGAUUCUCAGUCGACCGCUAUGAUCCCUCAAGGGGCGGUCAGUAGCAAUGCUUCGCCAGACAGUGGACAAGCCAGUGCCCCUGCGACUGCAACGACUACGCCGACGACGACGACAACGCCAACAGGCGGGCAUCGACCCUCCAAUUUGACCUUGAAUCUAGGCCGUGCUAGUGCGACACGCGCCAAAUGGCGAGAGUCAUGGCAAGAAGGCCUACGGGCAACGUUGACACCACCAGCGGUACCUACGGAAAACCCUUUUGAUUCCCCGCGCACAACGACAAAAUUGCGGCGGAGGGCAUCAGCAACUGAGACGCGGGAUAGCCGGACACGGUCUCAGCAUCCUCCGCCCGUGUCGAUGCAGUCGCUUCACCAGCGCGGGACUCGAGCGUCAUCACUUCCACGUGGGUCGCUAACCGCCGCUGGGUCGGAUCAAGAAACGGUGAAUUCCGAAGGGCUGUCGCUACCCAACAUUAAACAAGACAAGAACAGGGCGCCCGCCGCAGAAGUCAUUUCCGUUUCACAACAACAACAACAAGGCGAAAAGCAUCAGCCACACUUUGAGCACGCGGCAGCAACUGAUUCGCCACAAGAAGGGCGUAUCAGGCGCCGACCUUCGAUUGCAGAAACCUUUUCAAACGCCCUCAACAGAAUCCGCGGCUCUUCCCAAAGCCGGUCCCGGAGGCCAUCAACAACAACUGCCACGAGUCCAACGUCAUCGACACCCGAGAAUUUACGGAUCCAGACGUCGUCACCCGCAAGCCUUGCGCGACCCAGUAAGCCGUUUGGCGCGGAUACGACGUCCAUGAAACCACCCGAAGAAAUCGUAUCGGAAAUCGAGCGCGUCCUCAACACCAACCGAGUGCAGUAUCAAACCAAUCGGUACAAGAUUCACUGCACAACGGCACAAUCUACGUUUGAAAUUGAGAUUUGCCGUCUGAAAGGGACCAACAUGCAUGCGUUGCAGCUGAGCAGGAAGAAGGGGUCGUCGCUUGCGUACCAAAGCAUUUGUCAAACGUUGAUCUCGCAGUGGAAGCUGUAAUAAGCUUGACUGUUUAAAAGGUUUUUAUUUUUUUUUUAUAACACAACUACAUACACAGCCCCCCCCCCAAAAAAAAAAACGUAUGAGAUUUUACUUUUUUUCCCUGGAUUUUCGUAUAUUGACCCUUUGUUACCUGAUGCCUUUUUGUG